GGUCCAAGGGAUAUUGGUGUUGCUGAUCAAGUUGUUGACUACUCAAUAUCGCUGCUCUAGAGGAAAAGGGAAGAAAAAGGAAAAAAAACAAAAAAGAGUAAUCAUAAUGGACGUAGCUAAACUAAUAGUAUCAGUCCUUGGGAUUAUUCCAAUCGGGGAGGUCUUUUCUUACCUGAAGAGCUAUGACAACAACAUCCAGGACUUUGGAAAGGAAGUUGGGAAUCUAGAAGCUAGGAGACAUGCUGUGCAACAAAAGAUUGAUGACGCUGAACGGAAUGGAGAAACUAUCUUAGCUGAUGUUACACACUGGCGUUCAACUGCAGAUACAUCCCUGCAAGAGGCAAAAACAUUUCUAGAAGAUGAAGAUAGAGAAAGCAAACUGUGUUUGUCUCCAUUUUGUCUGGUGCCUCGUUACUGGCGGAGCCGUACUGCGAAGGAGAAGAUCCGUGUUCUUACUACGCUCACAGGAAAUGGAAACUUCAGUACGGUGUCAGUCCGUGAACCUCCAGUGGGGACAGAAUUCAAAUCCCGAGAAUUCGAAUCCCGAAAAUCAAUUAAGCAAAGAAUAAUGGCAGCUGUGAAGAAUAGCAACGUCAAUGUGGUAGGGAUAUGUGGAAUGGGAGGGGUGGGCAAGACAACAAUGGCGAAAGAAAUUCUGCAAUGGGCAAAAACAGAGAAACUCUUUGAUAAGGUCGUCAUGGUAGUUGUCUCUCAAUCACCAGAGUUAAAAAAGAUACAACGUGCAAUUGCAGAAUCAAUAGGUCUGGAACUCAAAGAAGAGACUUUGUCCGUUAGAGCAGAUCGGCUACGUGAAAGACUAAAGAAACUAAAGAAAUUCCUUAUAAUUUUAGAUGACCUUUGGGAAUGGCUCAAUCCGGAGGAAUUAGGAAUCCCUUGUGGAAGAGAUCAUGAUGGGUCAAAAGUUAUAUUGACUUCAAGGAAUCGAGACAUUUGCACUGCGAUGGAAGCUGAGGUUAUCGCAAUUGAUACCUUAUCUGAAAACGAAGCAUGGAGUCUUUUCAAAGAGAUGGCAGGUCAUUCUGUUGAAACUCCUGACUUGUGUCCAGUGGCAAAAUUAGUUGCAAAUGAAUGCAAAUGUUUGCCACUUGCUCUUGUUACUGUUGGUAGAGCAUUGAAAAAUAAAAGCAAGCCUGUGUGGGAUGAUGCUCUCGAACAAUUGAGAAGAUCUAUUCCCAGAGCUAUCACAGAAGUGCAAAGAGAUGUGUACCGACCACUAGAGCUGAGUUACAAUCAUUUACAAUCCCCAGAAGGCAAGUCUCUCUUUUUGCAUUGUUGUUUAUUUCUUGAAGAUUUUGAUAUCCCUUUAGAAGAUCUGGUUAGGUAUGGAAUGGGUCUCAAUAUAUUUGGAGGCAUCCAAGUGGUCAAACAAGCAAGAAACAGGGUUUGCACAUUGAUUGAGAGACUUAAAGAUCGUUUCCUAUUGCUAGAUAGUGACUUUCCAAUGCAUGUCAAAAUGCAUGAUGUUAUUCGUGAUGUGGCCAUAUCAAUUGCAUCGGAGGGUAAACAUGUUUUUAUGAUAAGCCAUGAUGUCAACCUGAAGAAGUGGCCAAGCAGAGAGGCAUUUGAAGAUUACACUGCAAUUUCAAUAAUAACAAAUGAGAUUACCGAGCUUCCUGGUAAGUGUCCAAGACUUGAGUUGUUGCGGUUGGUAUGUAACAAAUGUCCAUUGAAGGUACUAGACAGUUUUCUAGCGGAACUGAGCAACCUCAAAGUUUUAGAUAUUGAUAUGCAGCAUAAUGAGAUACUAUCAAUGCCAUCAUCACUUGGACUCCUGAAAAACCUUCGGACAUUGCAUCUAAAAAAUUGUGAGUCACUUAAAGAUAUAACUUUAAUUGGAGGGAUUGUGAAUCUAGAAAUCCUCAGCAUUGUUCGUUCCUCUAUUGAUGUGUUACCAAAGGAAAUAGGAAGAUUGCUUAAUCUGAGGUUGCUAGAGCUGAGGGACUGUCUCUAUCUCUCAACAAUUGUACCAGGUGUCAUCUCAGGGUUAGUCGAAUUGGAAGAAUUAUACAUGGGAAACUUGGAAAAAUUUAGAUGGGAGGCUGAAGAAGAAGGCAAAGAAAGCAGUAAAGCGAUUCUCAAAGAGCUGGAGUCCUUGUCCAAUUUCACUAAUUUGGAAAUUAUCUUACCGGAACUGGAGCUUGUGCCAACAAACCUAGGCUUUUGGUCAAGGCUGACAACAUACACUAUAUGUAUUGGUCAUCCUAAUUCAGUUGUUCGAAGAAAUGAUUACCAGAAAGUUAUGGAGGUCAGCCUCCCAACAAUCACUCCUUUACCAGACUGGACUAUUCUACUAAUAAAGAAUUCUGAAUGUCUACACUUGGAUUCGGAUGGUUCAAAGAGUGUAGUGAAUGAGUUGGAUCGGGAGGGUUUUCGACACUUGAAGGAACUUAAAAUUACAGCUUGUGGUACGCUGGAGUAUCUUGCGAAUACAACGGAUGGGCGCUCACCUGGCAUUGGUAUUUUUCCAAUCUUGAAUUCACUUCGUCUUACAUUUAUGGAUAAUUUAACAGAGGUUUGUCACGGCCAACUUCCUGCGGGGUCCUUCAAGGAACUAGACGAGGUAGAGCUGUAUGCGUUACCUUCACUGAUACAUUUAUGGAAGGGUCCCAGUCAAAAUGUUUUCCUUAGCAAUCUCAAACUUGUUUCCGUAGAGUACUGUGCAAAUUUGGGAAAUCUUUUUUCGCGAUCAGCAGCUAAAAGUUUGAUGCAACUCCAAACGCUUCAGAUAGCUUCUUGUGAGAAGAUUCAAGAAGUCUUUUCAAAUAAAAGACGAGAUGAAAAUGAACCUAAUAAGGUCAUAUUUCCCAAACUAGAGAGUUUAGGUCUAGAAGAUCUACGAAGCCUCAUUUGUUUCUAUGAAAACAUUGAUGGCAUUGAGUUCCCUCUUCUGACUGAACUAGGACUUUCGAAUUUGCCAAUGAUCAAGGAAUUCUGCCCCAAAAGCAACCACGUUGCUACAAGUUUGCAACCUUUUUUCCACCAAAAGGUACAUACAUGCUUAUAUACUCUCAACAUAUCAGUCAUUUUGUUUCUUUCCUUUUUUGUCUUCUUAUUUUUUUGGUUAUGGGGUGGUGGGUCUGUAUUGAUUCUAACGUAAAACAACCAGAGAACUCCCAUUUGAUAAAGGGAGAUACAGAGUCUUAAUCUGAACCUGACUUCCUAAUUUACUUACUAGGCACUUAUCAUACAUUUAAGGCCAUUGCAUCAACUCUAAUUUCGCUAAUGUUUAAUUAUGGACAAAAUAUAUUUUUAAUCCCCAAAUUAUGCACUUGAUGUCAAUUUUGGUCCUCAAUCUUUCAAUUUUGCUAAUUUAUUCCUUCAAGUAUUUAAUUUGCAUCACUUUGGUCCAGUAGAUGAAAAAUCUCAUUCCUUAGACCAACCAAUCUAAACCUCAUUCAUUCCCACCAAAUGAAGCAAAUUAACAAACUCUUUGAUCUGGUGUAAAAAAUAAAUUACAAAUGUAGACUCUUCGAAAAGUUUGCUGAUCUAACUUCUUUUGAUGGGUAUGAAAGAGGUUUAGGUUUAUGGUUUCAAUUGAUGAGUAUAAGGAAUGAGGUUCUUUGUCUAAUAG